UGUUUUACAACUGAUAAAUAAAUCACCGGCAAUCAGAAGUGCACAUCUUAAUUACUCAACAUCUACGAAAACUAAAAAUUGUUGAACUAAAUGUAGAGUAUUUUAGCAAAAUAUAAUGUUUAGUAAUAAAUGGAACACUGUGCGUCGAUACUGCGUACAAGCUAGUCAAGGAUUUUAUGCAACAACACCAAUUUUUUACGUUAAUGCUGCUCCUCACAUUGGCCAUCUUUAUUCUGCUGUGAUAACAGAUGCACUGUGUCGCUACCAACGUUUGAAACAUCCUGAGCAAUCAGUACAUCUCUGCACUGGUACCGAUGAACAUGGCACAAAAAUCCAACAAGCUGCGGCGACGCAAGGAGUACCAGUUGCACAAUACUGCGACAACAUAUCAGCACGCUAUAGGCAACUAUUCGGCGAAGCUGGUAUAACAAACACAGAUUUUAUACGCACAACUGAAGACCGACAUAAGAAGGUGGUGUCUCAUUUUUGGCGCACUCUGCACACACGUGGUCACAUAUACUCAGCUGCCUAUAGCGGUUGGUACUGCGUAUCGGAUGAGACCUUCCUUACAGAUUCCCAGCUGCGUUUAGACUCUACGACCGGCGCUCGUUUUUCACUCGAAUCUGGCCAUCCUGUUGAAUGGACUGAAGAAACUAAUUAUAUGUUUCGUUUAUCUGCUUUGCAAGAUGAGGUGUUAUAUUGGGUUAAACAAGGUGGUCGUAUACGUCCAGCUAAAUUUGAAAAAAUUCUUUUGGAUAUGUUAAGUGAACCACUGCCAGAUGUUUCUGUUUCACGGCCUGCAAAUCGUGUGCAUUGGGCUAUUCCAGUGCCUGAUGAUGCAUCACAAACGGUUUAUGUGUGGUUAGAUGCUCUUAUUAAUUAUUUGACAUCUGCUGGAUAUCCUGAUGAAAAGUAUCAAAGAUGGUGGCCACCAAGUGUACAAGUGAUCGGAAAGGAUAUUUUGAAGUUCCAUGGCAUUUACUGGCCCGCGUUUCUUAUUGCUGCAGGUUUGGAACCGCCACAACAGCUAUUCGUGCACUCCCACUGGACGGUGGACGGACAAAAAAUGUCGAAAAGCAAGCAAAACGUGGUGGAUCCGGUUGCGGCAGCCAAAACUUACACAAUGGAGGGCCUGCGGUACUUCCUGUUGCGUGAGGGUGUAGCACACAGCGACGGCAACUUCAGCAACGUGAAGGCUUUGCGCAUCCUGAACUCUGAACUGGCAGACACGCUGGGAAAUCUUUUAUCGCGAGCUUGCGCGAAAUCCCUUAAUCCGCGACAAGUUUACCCGCGUCUGCACGCGGUGCCACUCGCCGAUUUGUUGCAGAUGGAUGCAGCCAAGCGGCUACAGGACGCGUUGCAGCAAAUUGAAGCACGUUGCGCCCAACAUUAUGCGGAUAACAAUUUCUAUUUGGUCGUGGACACAGUAAUAUCCACUUUGCAUGCGGCCAAUAACUUCUUCGAAACGGCACGACCAUGGGAGCUAAAGCGCCCGGCAGCGGCUGUAAUUGUCGGCGAUGGGGCGACGACGGACGCGGCAAAUGCGCAGAAUAUUGAAAAUUUCGAACGGCUGGAGACGAUAAUCGCCAUGACAAUGGACACGUUGCGCAUCUGCGGUAUUGUGUUGCAACCGAUUGUGCCGCAGUUGUGCGGCAAGUUGCUCGAUAAAUUGGCAGUGCCGCCAGAGCAGCGUUUAUGGCGUAAUUUAGGCGAAUGCUUUGCAACAACAACAACGUCGUCAUUGUCAUUUAAUGAAACUGUAACAAGGCCACUUGCUGCGCACACCGAUGCGGUGCUCUUCCGGCGCAUACAACUUGACGAGAGCGAGCUGCAGGCAGAUAAACCACAAGUGCCGUCGAAGAAGGAGAAGACAACUAAACAAAAGACGGGGCAGAAGGCAGGGAAGAGCAAAAAAGCGGCCCAGUAGCAGACCAGGCUUCGGUUGAUGGCAGGCGUGUGUGUGUUUGUAGUAGUGAUUGCCGACGUUGUAUGAUGCAGUGUGCAGCAGCGACACGCAGCCAUCACCAACAAAUAUGGCCGCAAUUACAAUAAAAUGACGACAAUGGCAAAUGCGGUUGAAAGAAUGCCUGCAGCCAGCCGCAUAGCUGGCGCGCUGCUGUUGCAACUGCUGCAUUGACAUUCACUGUGCGCACGGCAAUGAAGUCAUUUAAAUUUGUUACAAUUUCUUGCGCUUCCUUGUCGGCAUCCGCUACGUGCCACCACGCGCCGACCGUUUUCUUGCCGCGUUUUAAAUGUUAUGCUGGUGUCGUGCAUCUUUAUGUGCAUCGCCUUUCUUAUGUCCGAACAGCUGAUGCCCGCGGUCAUCACGUAGCAAUAGUAAAGUGUUUUAAUACCU